AUGCAGACCUUCGCUGCUCGCGUGCUGCACGACACGCUCGCCAACAGCCUGGGACGCAUUCUCGACAUCUCCAGGGAGCAGCUGCGCGUCAGCCUGUGGAGCGCAUGGCGCGCUGGCCUGACCCUGGAGGAUGUGGCGCUGCGCUGCGACGCCUUCGAACACCUGCAGCUGCCCUUCACGCUGCGCAGCGGGCGCAUUGGCAGGAUACAGGCGCAGGUGCCCUGGGCGACGCUGCGCUCGCUGCGCUCGCCCGUCAUUGUGGAGCUGGCUGAUGUCCACCUGUGCGUGGUGCUGCGGCGGGACGAGGAGCUAGAGGAGGGCCCCGCCGGCGAGCGCGCCUGGCUGGCCAAGCAAGCCGAGCUGGCGGCCGCGGAGCUGGCCGCGCUGGCUGCCGCGUCCGCGGCCGGCGGCGCCGACGCCGACGCUGCUGCCGCCGCGGCGGGGCGCCAGGGCGGCGUGCUGGCCUCCUUCAUGCAGCACGUGGUGGCCAUGCUGGUCAACCGCCUGCAGCUGACGGUCAGCGGGGUGCACAUUCAGUUUGAGGACCCUCAGUCUGGCACCUGCGUGGGCGUGCAGCUGCGCCGCCUGCACACCUGCCUGCCCGGGGAGGCAGAGCACGCCUCGCUCCUGCUCAGCGAGGAUGCUGGUGUGAUGGCCCACGGCUCGGCAGUCGCACGUGGCAGCAUCCAGAAGCAGUUUGCCGUCGAGGGACUGGCGCUCUACUGGCAGCCUGGCGCCAGCCCGGCCCCCGACCCGGCCGGCAGCUGCCAGCACCAGCAGGAGGCAAGCGCCGGCGGCCAGCCGGCGUCUCCCGAUGGGGGCGCUGCCGCUGCUGGGAUUCCGGCGACGGCGCUGCAGCUGGCGCCUCAGCAGCAGCAGCAGCAGCUGGCGUAUGUGCUGCUCCCCACAGACUGCGUCAUCCACAGCACCCUGGCUCUGUCGGCGGCAGACGGCGGCAUGCGGGCGCACGCCGCCGCCGUCACCCACCACCUGCCGCUCAGCCUGGAUGGCCGGCAGGCGGCAGACAUGCUGGUGCUGGCUGACCGGCUGGCCUGGUGCGCCGCACGCAACAGGUUCGCAGCCUACUGCCCCACAGGCUGGCGCCAGCCCGGGGCGCGCACGGUGCCGUGGAGGCGGGUGUGGCAGUACGCCGUCAACGCCGUGCUGCACGAGCUGCGCGGCGGGCGGCAGGGCGCUGUGGCGUGGCGGGAUGGCGCCGAGCGUGCCGCGCUGCGCAGGCAGUACGUGGCUGCGUACCGCGCCUUCCUCGAGCGCAAGCACCUGGAGGGCGCGCCCGCCUCGCUGGCGCGCGAGGAGGCUGCCGACGAGCAGCUGCAGCAGCUGGAGCGGGCCCUGAGCGUGGACGACGUGCUGACCUGUCGCCACGUGGCGCAGCGUGUGCUGGACGCCUUGCUGGCGGCUGCCAGCGGCAUGGGAGCUGCCAUGGAAGACGCGGCUGCCGCCGCAAGCCGCUCCCGGCGCAGGGUGCAGCCGCUGCCAGCCUCUGUGGUGGGCGGGCCCACGCUGGGUGGCGCCACAGCAGCAGCAGCAGCACCACCAGCAGGGCCCUCUUCCAGGGCGGCCUCGCUGGGUGGCUCCUCCUCAGCCGCAAGCAGCGUGCCGCUGGCGAGCGCCGGCAGCGCGGGCAGCAGUGGCGGCGGGCGGCGGCGGGGCUACCUGGCGUGGGGCCUGUCCAAGGCAGCCGGCUUCCUGCGGUACCUCCCCUACUCCGCAGCUGGCGAGGGCCGCGGCGGGUCGGCGGUGGCGCUUCCAGAGCCCACAGAAGCUGAGCUGGAGGAGCUCUACCAGGCUGUGGACUUCCACCCAGAGGAGCAGCAGGCGGCGGCGGCAGCGUCGGGGCGGGCUGGCGGCGGCGCCGCCGGCCUCCACCUCAGCCUCGACUGCCUCGUCAGCUCCACAUCCCUCCUGCUGCUGGAUGGUGCGGCAGGAACGCCUGCGUCACAUGCGGCAUCGGAAUCCUCCCAAGAGCAGCAGCAGCAGGACCAGGGACAGCAGCAGCAGCCUAACGAGCAGGCCCAUGGCGGCCAAGCGAGCGAGCUUGGCCGCGGGCCAGGGGGCAGUGCCAUUGCCACGCUAGAGCUAGAGCGGCUGCGCUUGGGGGCGCAGCUCCGGCCAGACCAGGCCACUGCCAGCCUGUCGCUGGCUGGGCUGGCCGCGCAUGACCUCUGCUCCGAGGGCCCAGGCAUAUCAUCCCGGCUGCUGUCCCGCGGCAGCACAGCCGCCAACUGCACUACCAGCCCGCCCGGCAGCAGCCACCCGCCGCUGCUGCGCCUCUCCUUCUCGGGAGCGUCGCCCUCGGCGGCGGCAGGCGAGGCAGGCCAGCCGCUGCCCCAGGAGCGACGUCCCCAGCUGGACAUUCUGGUGCAGCCGCUGCUGCUGCUGCUGCGGCCGCGGUGCGUGCAGCGGCUGGCGGCGCUCGUGCCCCCGGCGCUUCCGGCCAGCUUCCACGGCCUCCAGCUUGCGGCGCUGAAUGCGCUGGGUGCCGAGGCGCGGUGUGCCAUCAAGGCGUGCGAGGUGGCGCGGAUGGGGCCGCCGCUGGACCUGCUCGUCAAGGUGCUGGAUGUGGAGGUGUGGGUGGGCGGGGGUGAGUACUGUGCCUCCCCAGGCGUGUCGCUGCGCACGGGGCCCAUCACCCUGCAUUCUAUUGACGCCCAGCAGCAGGCGGCACAGCGGCAGCAGCAGCAGGCUGGGCAGGGGGCCAGCCCCGCCCGGCCGCCGCAUCGGAGCCUGCAGCGCCAGCUGACCCCCAACCACGCCCUGACGGCUGCCGAGGCGGCGGCCCACCUGUCUGCUGUGAUCAAGCAGCGGCGGGUGGCGGCGCGGCUGGGCGGUGCGGCAGCUGCUGUGGUGGGCACCAGUCCUGGGGCCGGUCCCAGCGGCAGCAGCCUGGAUGCUGCAGCGGCGGUGGCAGCGGUGGAGCAGCGACUGCUGUACCAGCAGUUUGAGGUAAUAGUAGCAGACCUGCAGGCAGCGGCAGUUACCUUACCCAGCAGAAGCAGCGGUGGCAGCGGCAGCGGCGGUGGAAGCGGCAGCGAUGGCGGCGGCCGCAGGAGUGCCAGUCCCGGCCUGCCCGGCGGCCCCAGCGGCGGCGCUGAUGGCGGCGGCUUUGGCAGGCAGUGGCAGCCCGUGCUGCAGCCGCUGCGCCUGGCGGGCCUGCUCAAGAUUCAUCGCAUUGCAGAGGACUAUGGGCUGCCUCAGGUGCAGUGUGCCCUCCAGGUUGACCCCAUCUCCCUCUCACUCACACACACCGUCGUCCAGCUGCUGGUCGAUGCGCUGACGCUGCCUGCAGCAGCGCAGCAGCCACUGGCACAGACACAAGCGGCCCCAGCAGCAGCAGCACCACCACUCCCCAGUGCCCCGCUGGAUGCGCAGCCAGCGAGCGCCUCCACCACUCCUGGCAGUGCCAGUGCACCUGGCGGGACAGAUGCGUCUCCGACUGGCGGCAGCCCGCUGGAUGGCAUUGCCCCCUCCGCUGGUGGCCCUGCUGUGCCAGUGCUGGCUCUGGACUUGCAGCUGGCUUUCUUGGACUUGCGCUGCGUUGCUGACGGCCUUGGGCCCGGCAGCGGCGGAGCGGGGCCGGCAGGCGCGGCGGUGGCGGCGCUGGAGGCACGCGUGGCAUGCGCCGGGGCCAGCCUCAGCGUGCACAGCAUGCUGGAUGGCCUGGCUGUCAAGCUGUCCGCCUCCCGCCUGCUCCUCCACGACCUGUCUCCCAACACGCCACAGCCGCAGCUGCCGCCGCCGGUGCGGGGCACGCCCGUGCCGCGCGUCGCGCGCCUCCUGGCAAUCGACCGGCUCUCCGUCUCACACACCGCCAGCUUCAGCGGCGGCGGCGGCGGGGUCCGCAGUGGAGGCCCCCACAGCGAGACGCGCAUCGAGCUGCAAGACCUAACAGUUGAGGGGUAUGCUGGAGAGGCGGGCAGCUUCUUGUCCAGGCUGCACGAGCGGCAGGCCACUCAGGUCAGGGUCACGGUGCACGACGGUCCCGCCGCCACCCGCACCGCCGUCAGCGCCAGCAACCUGCUCAUUGGCCACGGGCUGCUGCUGCGGCUGGCUGCGCUGGGAGAGGCGCUCGUCCAGGAGCAACAGCAGCAGCAGCUGGUAGCAUCGGAAGUGCUGGCUGCAGGCUCAGGAGCGGCGUCGGACGGUGCCGGCAGCCCAGCACAGCAGCAGCAGCAGCAGCAGCAGCAGCAGGAGCAGGUGGCAUCGGCAGCACGACAGGAGGAUGGGCUUCAAGCGCCGCCGGCAGCAGUGCCUUCAGAAGCAGCAGCAGCAGCAGCAGCAGCAGCAGCAGCGAGAGCAGGCCCUCCUCUGCUGCCAGAGCCCAGCUCUCUUGAGCAGUGGGCAACUGCGCUGGAGGACUUCCAGCUAGGAGCCAGCAGCUCACAAGGCAGCAUCCAUGCUGACGAGCAGCAGCUGGCAGCUGCGGCGAUCGCCCAAGCUGAGGCAUCACAGCUCGUGUCUCCACCGGCUGGCGCAGAGCAGCGGCAGGGCGCAGCAGCAAUGUCGACGCGGCCAUCGCAAUCGCCGCCGCAAGCUCCUGCCAAGCAGCUUCUCACCAGCAUCCAGCUGACCGACUGCCGCCUGGUUCUGCGUUACCAGCCCGCCCUGCACCCCGGGGGCGGUGCCGGCGGCAGCGGCCACAGAGGCGGCGGCGCGGCCGGCCUGGGCGGCGCCGGCAUCCCUCCAGCCACGCACGACUUUCUUUCAGUGCACCAUGACCUGCUGGCUGUGGAUGUGCCGCUGCUGCACCUCCAGAUGCCUCUGGACCCAGCCGGGCUGGCAGCAGCUGCAGUUGCAGAAGAGGAGUGGGCACCGACAGGGCCGCCUUCGUUCGGCGCUCUGUCACAGGCUGGCGACAGCGAUGAGUCCGCGGCGGCAGCUAGCACCAGCAGCGGGGAUGCCAGCCCACAGACUGUCGCGGGCAGCAGCGUGAGCUGGGGAGAUGUGCCGUGGGCUGCUGCUGCAGCUGCAACGGGCGGCGCCGAGCCGGCGUGCCAGAAGCGGCGACGGCGGCCGCAGCAGAAGGAGCAGGUUCUUUUAGAAGCAGGCAAGCUGACGGUGUCGGUGGCAGCAGUUGGCUAUGCGCGCCAUGCCAUGCUGCCACUGCUACAGGUGCCCAGCCUGCGUGUGGCAUGCACCGCUGGCGGCGGCGCCGCGCCACAGGCAGGCGGCAGCAGCAGCAGCAGCGCAGGCAGGCGUUGGCGGGCCAGCAGCAGCCAGCAGCGGCUGCGGCACAGCAGCAGCGGGAGCAGCCCGGUGACGCCCUCAAGCGGGAGGCCGCCCUCGCAGGCAGCGCACUCGACGCCAGCGGCAGUGGCGCUGUUGUAUCGAGUGGAUGUGGCGGCAAUAGACGUUGGGCUGCACCCGAGCCAGCUCAGCAUGCUGACUUCAGCGGUGCAGCUGUGUCAGCAUGAGCUGGCAGUGCUGGGCAGGGAGGCUGCCGACGGCUCUGCUGGUGACACCGAAAGCGUCAUCACUUCCACUUCUGGCACGGAGCAGCAGCAGCAGCCGGCGCCGCCGCAGCGGCUUGCACACAUGCCGUCGUUGCCACGGCGGGCGCCAGCAGCGGCGGGCGGCGGACUUACAGGGGCUACACCUGCGGCUGCUGCUGCUGCUGCAGAAGCCGCAGCAUCGGGUCAACAAGAGGCGGGCAUAGGGCCGGCGGCAGAGGCACAGCGCGCUGCAGCAGCAGGCGGCGGCUCGCACCAGGCAGCGGCUCCCAGCCCGCAGUGGCGCCUGGAGGCGGCUGUUGGCUGCAGCUCCACUGGGCAGCAGGAGUCGCCUGGUUGGCCUGGAGGCAGCCCCGGCGGCGGCAGCGGCAGCCCUGGCAGCGGGGCCGCCAGCGAGGGCGCUCGCCAGGAGCAGGCGCUCGACGCUCAGCUCGGCUGGCGCCAGCUGGCUGUGCACGUGCUGCACCCCCGCCUGUCCUACACCCACCCGGGCCUCACACCUUUCGCCUUUGCCUCGACGGUCGUUGGGGACGCCAGCCAGCGCGGCGGGCUGGGCGCUGGCAGCCCGCAGGCCGCCUCCCCGCGCGUGUUCAUGCCCUUAGCGGCGGCUCCCGGGGCGGAGGUGUUCUACCAGCGAGGCAGGGGCCCACUCAGCAGCAUUGGUGCGCCCUUGGGCGGCGUGCGGCGCAACCUGUCCUCUGGCCUGGGGCUGGCAGAGUCUGUGGACGAGUUCCACGAUGCCACUGCCCAGCUGGCCCGCACCAGCUACGGCUCCAGCCGCUACCUCAGCCUCGCAGAGUCGGAGUUUGAGGAUGCGGCCUCGGAGCUGGAGCCAGGCUCCCAGUCGCCCACGUUGGGCCACAGCCCUCUUUCCCUGCCGCUGCCGCUGGUGCUGGGCAGUGAAGACUACAGCUGCCGCCUGCUCCUGCUGCUGCAUGGCCAAACCGCACCGACAGACGCCGCUGCGGAUGCUGCCAGCCUGACUGCCAGCGUCAGCAGCACUGCCGCCGGGGUGGCAGGGGAAGGAGCAGCCAACGGGCUGGGCUCCAGCAGCAAGCGGCUGAGCGGCAGCGGAGGCGCCGCCAUCGGCACGGUUGUGGCAGUGCAGCUGGCGGAGCGGCUGGGGCAGGCGGUUGUGGAGAUUGAUUCGAUGGCGCUGCGUGUGCAUGCGGCUGGCUGGGAGGAUGCCGCACAGUGCCUGCACACGUAUGCCGUGCUGGCGCAGGAAGCGCAGAGGCAGUACACCGCCUCCGCCGAGGCGCGGGCAGCCAGCCCGCUGGGCCAUCGGCGACUGCUGCCGGCGCCAACCAGCGGCGCCGCCAAGCAGUCGCCGACAGAGCAGGAGGAGCAGGUGCAGCGGCAGGGCCUGGCGCUGCGGCUGCACCUGCGGGCGCUGCUGGUCGAGCUGUUGGCCGAUGCCGAGCAGCAGGAGGCGGCGCCGCAGGGCGGUGCCGGCAGCGGCAGCGGCAGCCUUGGUUCCGGCCAGGGCCUGCUGCCUGCCUGCACCCUGCAGGCCCAGCUGCGAGUGGAGGCCAGCCAGGGCGCCGAGGGCAGCAGCCAGCUCAAGCUGCUGGUCCCCGGCCUGCUGCUGGCGGUUGGGGUGGUGCCGGACUCGGUGGCAGCCGGGGAUGGUGGCGGCGGCUCGUCCGGCCUGCCCCCCGCCCUGGCGCUGCCGCUUCAGGACUCGUUGCUGGGCCUGCACCGGCUGGAGCUCAGCCUCGUGUCCCAGCAGCAGCAGCGCCAGCUGCAGCCGGCUGCUACCACCGCCGACGGCAGCGUGCUGCUGGGCCCCGCCCACCAGGUGUCCGUUGGAGCCAGCCUGGCGCACGCCUCGCUGUGGGCCCACCCCCGCAACUUGUGUGCGGCGGCAGCGCUGGCUGGGCACGCCCGCGCUCUGGCAGAGGGGCUGGCGGGCAGCCUGGGCGGCGGCGAGUUUGAGGUUGCUGGCGACAGGGGCGGCAGCGCAGCGGGCCCAGCGGGCUCAGCGGGCGCCCUGCCCCGCCAGCUCACCCUGAAGCUGAAUGUGCAGAAGGCGGCGCUGCUGCUGAGCCUGCUGAGCCGGGAGGAUGUGGCAGAGGCGGGGCCUGCGGGACAGCACCGUCUGCUGGCGGAGCCGGCGCCGCUGUUGGAGCUGGCGGCGGCCGCCAUCACAGCCGACGUUCACGACAUGGGGCAGGGCAGCCUGGAGGGCACGGUGAAGAGCGAAGUGCAGGUGGCGGCGUUCAGCGCGGUGAAGGCGGGGUGGGAGCCGCUGGUGGAGCCGUGGCACUGCAGGCUCCAGUUCGCGGCCCCCACCUCCUCGCCUCCGCCGCCCACCCAGCACCAGCGCCUGACCCUCUCCUCCACCCACGGGCUGGAGGUGACGGUCACGCAGGCGGCCCUGGAGGCGGCUGUGAUGGCAGGAGGCGUGGUGCAGGCUGCGGCAGCAGUGGCGGCAGACCCAUCAGCCCUGGGAGAGCGGCUGGAGGCGGCCUGCGGCAGCGCCGCACACAGCGCCGCCUUCUGGCUGCACAACGAGACCGGCAGCGCGCUGGAGCUGUGGCUGGCGGCGGACGACGGCGACGGCAGCAGCCUGGGAGGCGCCUGCCCCGGCGGCAGCACCUCCUCUUCCUUUGACAGCGGCAGCGCGGGGGACAGCACGGCAGCGGCGGCGGGCGGGAGCAGGCGGGCGUCGCGGGUGCCCUCCGGCCUCCCCGAGCUCGUGGUCAGGCCAGGAGCGAGAGCGGUGCUGCCAGUGGUGGCGGCUGGAGGCAGCGGCGCCGCACAGCAUCAGGGCGUGCACGUCGGCGCUCCCUGCCCCGUCCAGGGCGUGGCCCGGCCGCGCGCCAGCUUCUGCGCCGACCUCCACCACAGCAGCAGCCGGCUGGGGCUUGCGGGUCUGGGCGCGGCGCCCGGCACGCCCCGCCGCGCGCCCAGCUUCGGUGCCCUGGGCGGCGGCGGCAUGGCGCCCCGCCAGUCCCGCCCCCUCCUCUACUUCCGGCUGGCGGAGCAGCAGGAGGUGUGCGGCCCGCUCCACCUCGACCGCGGCUGCUUCAGCGGCUGCGAGGGCUGCGCCACCGCCUGCCCAGGGGUGCUGUGUGACAUGGUGGCGGCGCGGCACGGCGGCUACACACUCACGCUUCACUCCGGGGUGCUGCUGCGCAACACCACGCUGCUGGCGCUCGACAUCGGGGUGCAGACGCCCAUGGGGCUGGUGAUGGAGCCUCAGGCGCUGGGCACGCUGCGCCCGGGUGGCGCCAUGUGGCUGCCCGCGCUGCGCGCGCACACCGGCCUGCUGUGCCUGCGCCCCGCCGUGGGACCGGGCACCGCAGCUCAGCCGCCGCAGGCGCAGCAGCAGCCGCCGCCGCAGCGGCCGCCGCUGCCGGCAGCCGCCGCGCUGCAGACGGCGGCCACCUGGCAGCCCGGCGACACUACCGUGGCGCUUGGCAGCAGGAUACCGGCGCUGGCAUCAGACAGCCUGGCUGCGGCAGCGGCAUUGGUCGCGGGCAACCAGCCGGUCGCCGCCGGCGCAGCAGCGCCGCCGCCAGCGGGCCUGCUGCCGGCGCAGCGCCUUCCCUCCAGCCCGCUGCUCUACUCCACGGCUGGGCUGGCCUCGCCGGCCCGCCACAGCAGUGAGCAUGUGGAUGCGGGGAGGCAGGGGCCGCAGUCGGCAGGCCAGCGAGCGCCACCAGUUGCUGCUCCCUGGCAUCCAUACGAGUGGAGCGCCGCGGUGCCGCUGCAGUCGCUGCUGCGCCAGGCAGCGGGAGCAGAGGGAGGAGCCGGCGGCGGCGGCGGCCGUGGCGGCGGCACGCUGGAAGGGCGCAGCAGGGCCGCCCGCCAGCUGGCCUGCAUGUCGACCGCGGAGCACCAGCCGCCGGUGCUGCUGUGCAUGGGCGCUACACGGCUGAGUGGCAGCACCGGCAGCAGCACCACCGCCACCGCCGCCAAUGGGUCAGCAGCAGCGGCGGCACUGGCGUCUGCCGGCUUUGGCAGCUGGGAGGUGCUUCUGUCCGCACCGCUGACGCUACACAACGCGCUGCCGGUGCCGCUGGAUGUGUCCCUGUCGGCGUGGGGCCAGGGGCACCGCCUGCACCUGCAGCCCAACCAGCACGCCGCUCUGCACGCUGUGGACGCUGCGCAUGUUGAGAGCCUCACGCUGCGCGCGCUGGGCUACCACCCCUCGUCCCCCAUCACCCCCGCACCCCUCUCCGCCAUGGCAGCCGGCGGCGGCGAUGCCGGCAGCGGCGGUGGCGCUUUUGGCCUGUCGGGCGCGGGGCCAGGCGGUACCGGCGGAAGGGAGCUGCUGGCACCUGACACGGAGGUCCUGCUGCAGGCAAGUGGCCGCAACGAGGUGGGGCACAGUAAGUCUGAGGUGCAAGUGUUUGUGCGCCACUCCCUGGACACGGCCACCGGCUCCCACAAGCUGCUGCUGGGCUGCACGCUGUGGGUGUUCAACUGCACCGGGGUGCCGGUGUCGCUGCGCCAGAGCGGGGCCGACGGCGCGCUGCUGUUUGGGGAGCGCAGCGACGCCACCUACCAGCGGCUGGUGGAGGAUGAGGUGCCUGAGUCGUGGCUGCCACCGCUGGAGCUGCCCGGCCAGGGUCCGGGCCAGGGCGGGGCGGGGACCAAGAGCGCCAGCCAGUCGCCGCUGCAGCAGCGGACGCUGCCAACGGCGGGGCUGCGCGCUGUGUCACGGGAGGGCAUACAAAGCGCACUCAGCACACCAACCAGCACAGCCCCUUCUGUCAUCAACGCCAGCCGCGGCGCCUCCGCCACAGACAUCGCGGGCCUGUCUGAGAUUCUGGAGGGCGGCGGCAGCGCCGGCGCCGGCACCGCCUCCCGCUCAGGCGACUCCCGCCAGGUGCUGGGCCUGAAGCGCACGGUGUGGCCCAGCAUCCAGGGCGGCCUGCAGCCUCACCGCCACCGCCUGCGCCUGCAGAUCCGGGCCACGCAGUGCCAGGCGCCCGCUGGGCGCACCUACUGGUCGGAUCCGGUGGAGUUGGAUGGGCUGGGCGGCGCGGCGGUGGUCACCGUGCCCUCCCCGCUCCUGCCCCCCACAGCCUCCAUCCCCGCCGCCCGUGCCGCAUACAUGAUGUCGGUGACUGCCAGCCAGGUUCCCGGCAGCCAGGGCGCUCUGGCGCUGUACCUGCUGCCGCGCUACCUGCUCAUCAACACGCUGGACGUGCCCAUCCAGUACAAGCAGCAGGGAACGCUCCAUGAGCGGGAGCUUGGGGCUGGCGCCUCGCGCUCACUGCGCUGGUCGGACGCGCUGCGCCCGCUGCGCCUGUGCGUGCGGGUGCAGGAGGCGGGGUGGCUGUGGAGUGGCGGCUUUGAGCUGGACUCUCCGGGUGACAUGUUCAUCAAGAUCAGGCACCGCGACCGCGGCGUGACGAUGCUGGUGCGGGUGGACUUGGCCGCAAGCGCCGCCUCGGGCGUGCUGCGCGUCACGCUCAGCCACCACCCCGCCGGCUUCGCGCCCUACCGCAUCGAGAACUGCUCGCUGGAGACGCUGCAUGCGCGGCAGCACAAGGUGCGGGAGCAGCAGGAUGUGCUGCGCCCCUACUGCUCGCUCACCUACGCCUGGGACGAGCCCAGCCUGCCGCACCGGCUGGUGCUGGAGCUGCCGGGGGCGCGCACCCUGGGCACAUUCGACCUGGACAAGGUGGGCCAGGAUGUGGUGCUGGCGGUACCGACCAAGCGCGGCGAGCCGCAGCGGCGGGUGCGGGUGCUGGUGCGCACAGAGGGGCCUACCCGCGUGCUCACCGUGCUGGACACGCAGCGGCACAGCCUGCUGGAGGAGAUGACGGCGGCUGGCGCGGCCGGCGGCGCCGAGGGGGAGGGCGGCAGCGCGCGGCGCCCCAGCUGGCCGCCGCGUGGCCCCUGGGACGCCUGGUCUCUGCCCACGCUGGGCGGCGCGCAGCAGCAGGGCAAAAAGGGCGCCAAGGUGUCUGGCCUGCUGUGGGAGGUGUGUGCCGAGCUGGCCUCCCUGGGCGUGUCCCUGGUGGCCCCCAGCCGGGAGAUGGCUUACCUGCAAGCGGGCGGGCUGCGCGCCACGAUGGCGGGCACAGCUGCCCAUUUGGUGCUGGACCUGGAGCUGCGGCGCCUGCAGCUGGACAAUCCCAGCCCCUGGGUGGCCCUGCCCGUCACCCUGCAGAUUCCAGCCCCCAUCAGCAGGCUGACAUCCACGGUGGCGGCGGCCGUGGAUGUGCAGCGCAGGCCCGCCCUGGUGGCGCGCCUGGCGCUGUGGCAGCGCCGCCCCGCGGGCGUGCUGUGCAUCGAGCAGGCGGACCUGCAGCUGGCGCCUGUGGCUGUGUAUGUGGAGCAGCAGCAUGCCCUGCAGCUGGCGGAGUUUGUGGCGGGCACGGUGGCUGGGCUGGAGGCGGCCGCUGCCGCGGCAGCCUCGGCCGCGGCCCGCGGCGCCGGCGCCGGCGCCGGACACAGGUCCGGCAGCGGUGGCAGCGGCGGCGGCGGCGGCGACGAGGGCGGCGUGGCGGGGCCGGAUGCGCCCCCCGCCUUCCUCCUGCCGGCCAGCGCAGGCCUGGGGGCGGUGGCGUCUGCGGCGGCCCGGCUGCCGCAGCUGAGCCCCGAGCUGGAGGCGCUGCUGAGCGGGCGCGGCGCGGCCCUGCUGGCUCCAGCCGAGCAGAAGGUGUACAUCGAUCGCAUGCUGUCCCUGGCCGACGUGGAGGACGCGCGGCUGCGCCUGGCCGCCCUCGAGCUGCGCAACCCUCUGAUGGGCACCUCGGCGCUGGCGCAGCUGCUGCAGGCACGGGCCGGGUGCCGGGACCGGUCGCCUGCUUGGCACAGGCCUGCCUGCCGCCACUACACCCGCGCCCUGCUGCCCGAGCUGUACAAGGUUGUGGGCAGCGCCAGCGUGUUUGGCGACCCAGUCCGCCUCUUCCACCACCUGGGCCUGGGGGUCUGGUCCUUCCUGGCCUCCCCCGCAGCAGGGCUGGUGGAGAGCGCCAGGCAGCGCGGCCCGCGCCAGUUCAUCGCGGGCGUGGGGUCGGGCGUGCGGGGCCUGUUCCAGAAUGUGGUGUUUGCUCUGUCCAAUGCCGCCACCAAGGGCUCCACGGCGGCACGCAAGGCCAUCACAGCUCUGGGCCUGGACCGGCUGCACCCCCAGGACGCCUGGGCGGGCGGCCCCUCCCGCCGCCGCCUGCGCUGGGAGCAGCAGGCGGGCGUGGGGGGCGGCGGCGCCGGCGCCGGCGCGCUGAGCGCGGCCGGCGAGGCCGGCCCGGCUGCCGGCUCGGUGGCGGGCGACGGCGGCGGGGUGGCUGUCAUCUUCUCGCCGCGAGACGGCGACUUUGACGGCCCUCAGCCCGGCGGGGCUGGCGGCGUGCUGGGCGCGGUGCUGCUGGGUGUGGUGGGGCUGGCGGCGGAGCCCAUCCGAGGCCUGGAUGAGGACGGCAUGGUGGGGCUUUUGUCGGGCAUCACGCGCGGCGCAAUCGGCGUGGUGGUGCUGCCGCUGGCCUCACUGCUCGAGAUGCUGGCCUCCACCGCAGACAGCAUCCGCCGCGCGGUGGCGGGCAGCAGCAACGUGGGAUGGGUGCGCCCGCCCAGGUACGUGCAUGCCACCCAGCCCCUGGAGCCCUACAGCUGGGCCGAGGCGAUGGGGAGGUGGCUGCUGACAGAGCUUGAGCGUGCCAGCCUGGCGCGGCAGGCGCAGCGUGCCGCGGCGGCCGGCGCCCGCGGCGGCGGCGGCGCGCUGCGCCUGCAGCAGGCCGCGCCGCCCGCGCGCCACGGCGCCUUUGUGCUGUGCACGCCGCUGGCGGAGCGCAGCUGCUUCGUGGUGCUCACAACCAAGUGCGUGCUGUACAUCUGUGCGCGGGAGCCGAUGUGGGUGCCUGCGGUACGGUGGAGCAGCACGGUUGCUGACCUGGAGCUGGUGGGGGCGCGUGGGGCGCACCUCAGCCUGGUGGCGCAGCAGCCGCUGCGCCGCCACAUCGUGCGCAGCGCCAACGUGUUGCCGCGCGCGCUGGCUGACGUCUUGAAGGCGCCCCGCCCGCCCUUCUCCUUCCUGUCAGGCGAGCUGCAAGCGGUGGUGGCGCAGUAG